AGAGAUAACACACCGAGAUGAGUCCGCCGUAGCUCGUCAAACUACGACAAUCAUCGUCCGCCUGUCAAAGAACAAUAUGGCAGUGGCAAAGCAAUAAUUUUUGUAAAAUUUUCGGUAAUUCUGGUCCAUAAAAAUAGUGUUCGAGGUGCGCGUGGGGUUUUUCGUGUAGUGGUUGUUUGAUGGUGAUGAGUGGGAUGCUCCCGUCGUUCACGCCGCCCGUCGUAAAGCGCUUGUUGGGAUGGAAAAAAGGCACUGACGCCGAUGAUAGAUGGUGUGAGAAGGCAGUGAAGAGCUUAGUCAAGAAAUUGAAAAAAUCCGGGGCUUUGGAGGAGCUAGAACGGGCCAUUUCCUCGCAGAACCAUAACACGAAAUGCGUCACAAUUCCUAGAGUCCGACCCGCCGCGGAGUUGGGGAACGUCCAGCAGCAGAGGAAAGGACUGCCUCAUGUAAUUUAUUGUCGGCUGUGGAGAUGGCCUGAACUACAAUCGCACCAUGAGCUCAGACCUCUCGACAAUUGUGAAUAUGCUUAUACUUUAAAAAAGGAAGAAGUCUGCGUUAAUCCAUACCAUUAUACAAGAAUUGAAAGUCCAGCUCUCCCCGCCAUUUUAGUACCUCGUCAUACGUUAGGCGACGAAAACAACCUAUUUCCACACUCUCUGGAAGACCUCAGUACGUCAGUACCAGAAAACACCUCAUUUCCUCACAACCCAAGUAGUCUAGGUCUGCAUAUGCAACAUUCAGGAGGCUACAUGGAUGCAGUAGGUCUGUGUCCGAAUGGCGCUCCAGCGAACAUGGAAUCUCCUCAUAAUGCCGCUCCACCUACCGAAACUCCGCCUCCUGGCUAUAUGUCAGAAGACGGUGAUCCCAUCGACCCAAAUGAUAACAUGAGUAUGUCCAGAAUAACACCUAGUCCUCCCGUCGAUGCACAACCCGUACUUUACUGUGAACCCGCAUUCUGGUGUAGUAUCAGCUACUACGAAUUGAACACGAGGGUGGGGGAAACGUUUCAUGCCAGCCAACCUUCGAUUACGGUGGAUGGGUUUACAGACCCCAGCAAUUCGGAAAGGUUUUGUUUGGGGUUGUUGUCUAACGUAAAUCGUAACACAGUCGUUGAACAAACUCGGCGGCAUAUAGGAAAGGGAGUAAGACUGUAUUAUAUAGGUGGCGAAGUUUUCGCGGAAUGCUUGAGCGAUUCAAGCAUUUUCGUCCAGUCACCAAAUUGUAACCAGCGUUAUGGAUGGCAUCCAGCGACAGUGUGUAAGAUUCCUCCAGGUUGCAAUCUAAAAAUAUUCAACAAUCAGGAGUUCGCAGCUCUUUUAUCACAAUCAGUCAGCCAAGGUUUCGAAGCGGUGUACCAAUUAACUAGGAUGUGUACAAUAAGAAUGUCUUUCGUUAAGGGUUGGGGAGCAGAGUAUAGGAGGCAAACGGUGACGUCAACACCCUGUUGGAUCGAACUCCAUCUCAACGGGCCGCUCCAGUGGUUAGAUCGCGUCCUAACCCAAAUGGGCUCACCUCGGUUACCAUGCAGUUCAAUGUCGUAAAGUACUGAGUGAAAGAAGUGACAAAUACGAUUUGUGUCCAGUUUUCAGUCAUUCAUAACUCAGCUAUUAUUUUCGUUGGAAAAAUUGUUACAAAUCAAAUUACGUCGUUUUGGGUGAUAAUGAAAAAAAGUGUGGCGUUUUUUUACAAAUAGUUACUAUUUAGCUUUACAAAAUAUUUUAUUUAAAUUUAGAGAGAUUUAUUUUAUAUUGCUGAGUUUUAAGAUGUUGGCGUUGUUAGUGUUGCAAAUUAAAAUAUUUAUGCUGUCGUGGUGAAAACUAAGUUAAGUUCUUGCGUUCAUCUAAAAGAUUCUUGAAUGUGAGAUUAUGUUCAGUUUUGAAAUAUUUAUGAAUUAUGAUUGAUAUGAUUACUGUUGCCUUUAAUAAUAUAAGUUCUGCAACUCUUUGUAAGCAGGUGUUUCACCUACAUAAUUUUUAAGUAAUUUUGCAUGGUGUUCGUGAUAUUAAUAUACAUAGUUAGAAAAUCAGUUUUAAUUAUUUCAGUUCUUUUCUAAAAGCUUACGAUUGUGUUUUUCAUCGUUAUACUUAUUAACGUUGCCAAAUUACAUAUCAUAUUGGAAUUUUUCAAUAAAUUUUUCUACGCUGUAUUAAUAAGAUCAAUUUGAUGGUGUAACACCUGUGUUCUACUAGUUAUUUCGUACGAUAAAGAAUAUUCAGUCAGAAAAUUCAUUUCAACGUGAUUCACGACCAAUGGUAACCCAACCAGUUUUUUUACUACGUGUAAACGUUGAAUUUCUCUGACUUGCAAUAUUUUUUGAGUAGUUUGUGAAGCUGUUUAUCCCAGAUUUUGUCAAGUUUUAAAUGUUUUAUUUUCGAAGUUGGUACUAGGGCUCUGUAAGUUGGAACACAUGUAAGGCGGGCCUUCAUGUGCAUCGUAAUUCUUUUUAAUUGUUUUAUUAUCUUUUAUGUAAUUAUGUUGUGGACCUUGAAGUGAUAAAAGUAUUAAUAGAUGGACGACACUUGAAGAAUAUUCUAGUAAUACAGUCCACAACGUAAUAUUAAACUGGAGGAACAAAAUUGGUGCUGUUUUAUGCUGAUUCUUGGCAAUUUUUAGAUGUAGAUUAUUUGCAGCAGUAACAACAAUUAUUGUUUUGUACUGUAUUGACUGAGUUGUUUUUUGUGUGAAGUCAAUGUCACAUGUAGUGACAAUUAGGUUUUUCUUCAGUAGUGUUUGUUACAGUCUUAGCAGACCCAUAUUGUGAACCACAAUUGAUGUUAAGCUCAUAUAUUUGUACUAUAUUUUGUUUAUUGCAUAAGUAUAGUUUGUAUCUGGCAAUUACCAAAUUAUGCAUUUUAAUUGACAAAAAAUAUAUAGCCGUUAAUUUACUAAA